AUGUCCCUCAAAGAGAGACAACCAAAACCCGCCGUGGGAGGUGCCCAUCGUUCCAUCCAGGAUCUCUUCCGCAUGGAUGGACGAACCGUCCUCAUCACCGGCGGCGGAGGCGCAAUGGGAUUAGAAGCUGCGCGGUCUGUUCUCGAAAGCGGAGGUGACGUUAUCUGCGUCGACCGACAAGAUGAACCUCUCCAGGAGCCGUGGGAAGCCGUACAAGUAACCGCCUCCCACCACAGUACGAAAGUGUGGUACUACCAAUGUGACGUGAGCGACGACCAGCACGUCCAGCAGACUGUGACCGCAGCGGUAUCCCAGGCUCGAUUCCCACUGCGGGGACUGCUCUGCUGUGCCGGGAUCAGUGGCGAAGGGCCAUCAAUUGACUUGCCGGUGCAGAACCUCCGACGUAUGAUGGACGUCAAUGUGACAGGGACGUUUGUCUGCGCACAGGCAGCAGCUCGAGAGAUGCAGAGACACGGUCAACCGGGUAGCAUUGUGUUGAUUGCGAGCAUGAGUGCCCAUGGGAGUAACAAGAGCGUUGACACCACUGCCUACAACUCUUCCAAAGCCGCCAUCGUGCAAAUGCCCUUCUCUACAACCCGUGCAUCCUGGAAGAUGUCGACAUUUCAGAUGACCACUGCCGAAGGAACCAUGCAGGCGGCAAAAAAGGACAAGUUCACCGCGAGUGUGGCAGAUAAUGGGAAGUGA